GUCUCUCAGGGUGUCUCUCACCCCGUCAGUCGCACCAAGCGUCGCUGUGUCCGUGUUCUGAGCACCCCGCGCCGCCCGGUGCCGCUGGAGCAUUUCCUGUUCACCGGGAACAGCGCCCGGAACCGGCACCAGCUGUUCCAGCUGCUGGGCCCGGGGGGGCCUUCAGCACCCAGGGGUACUACGCGGCGGUGGAGGCCAAGAAGGAGCAGAGCAGCAAACACGCGCAGAGCUUCGGGGCACGGCAGCCCACCAUGGGAGCCCCCAACCCUGGGCAGGAGCGUGGUGUCUGGCUGUCCCUCCUGCAGACCCUCCGUGAGCGGGAGCUGCUCCCGGCCGUCACCUUCACCUUCUCCCGUGGCCGCUGCGAGGAGCAGGCGGCCGCCCUGGGCUCCCUGGAGCUGCUGAGCGGCGCCGAGCGCGCCCAGGUCCGGCACUUCCUGACGCGCUGCCUGGCCCGGCUGCGCGGCUCCGACCGGCGCCUGCCACAGGUGCUGCAGCUGUCGGAGCUGCUGCAGCGCGGCAUCGGCGUCCACCACGGCGGGGUCCUGCCGCUGCUCAAGGAGGUGGUGGAGAUGCUCUUCAGCCAGGGGCUGGUGAAGGUGCUGUUUGCCACCGAGACCUUCGCCAUGGGGGUGAACAUGCCGGCGAGGACCGUCGUCUUCGACUCCAUCCGCAAACACGACGGGAAUGGCUUCUGGGAUCUCCUGCCCGGCGAGUACACGCAGAUGUCGGGGCGCGCCGGCCGCCGCGGGCUGGACACCACCGGCACCGUCAUCAUCCUCUGCAAGGGAGCCGUGCCCGAGCUGUCGGAUCUGCACCGCAUGAUGCUGUGUCACUGCCAUGUUCCCACCGUGUCCCCCGAUGGCUUCGGCUCCCAACGGUCGCUCCCCGGCGCUGGGUCCAGAGCGGCCCGAGGAGGGGAUGCUCUGUGUGCCGGAACGCUGCUGCCAGCACUGAAAACCUGUGUGCUUCGUGGUGUCCAUCGCCCAGCUGGCAACGAUUCCCUGGUGUUUGGUGCAUUAAGUCACACCCAGCUGUGUGGGAUGGCAGAGUCAGGUGGGCCCUUUAUUGAACAGAUUUAUCUGCUACAAGGCUACGCAGAAGGAUGGAAAGGAGGAACACAGGGGGAAAAAAAAAUAGAUGAAAGGCCAUGCAUUGAUCACCUGAUGUACUCCAGAGACAAACAUGGCUAUUACAGGGGCUGGUUCUGGGGUAACAAGGAAACACAAGGCCUAAACACCUCUGGCUUGUCUGUCCAAGGAUCUGCCUCAAUUGUGGCUCCCAUCCUUCUGAAGAACUCUUCAGCACAGGGCAGUCGAGUGCUGGUUAUAAAGGUGGUGAUAAUUAGGAAUAAGCUGUUCAAGCUUGGAUAAAUGUUUAGAAAUCAUUGCUUAGAUAUUGCUGUGUAAAACGCUCGCUCGCGGUGGGAGAAUUCUCCAGGGUCAAGCUGUUCAGGUAUGUGCAGUUUAUUAUAUGGGUAAAGAGAGGGGAGAGCUGUGUCCGCCACCAGCCUCGGCGUCCACGUGGUCCGGGGGAGGAGGGAGAGAACGGGGAGAGCAGGAGAGGAGAGGAUGGAAAAGGGGAAGGAGG